AGUAGCGAGUACGCGCGUUUCGGCGAUUGCUUACGGAUUACUUCAAUAUAUCAGUAAAUUUGUUCUUGUAAUAUUUUAGUAUUAGCGAAAAUCGUUCUGAAAAAAUGCAGUCACUUCACUUGUUCUUAGUUUGCCUACUCUUCUCCUUCAUGACGGCAAACACAGGAUAUGCCGAAUACACAGAGGGCCUGGAGAUACAUCAAGAUUCGCGUGAAAUAGCACCAGCAAAUUUAAGGCGCCUGGCACCAGAAGAUAUUCCAAAAUCACGUCCAAAACGAGGCAUUUUUUGGGACUUUUUUCAGAAAAUGGUGACAACAAAGAAUUUGAUUGUUGAUCAAUACGUUGAUACCAGAGAUUCUCUCAGUGAAGUUUAUAACUUACUGAAUGACGGAUUCAGUGAUCCAGCUCCAAUGAAAUCGACUUUAAGGCCACCAACGAGUACAGCGAAAACCAGCGAGGAGGAUCAAUCUGGCAGCGGUGAAAUAUCUACUACAACCGAGCCUUAUCGGGUGUCACGCUAUGAAUUAGGACGCAUUUUGGGAAGAAACUUUCGCGGCUUGCAACGUUUGACCGAAAUCGAAUUUCAGGAUGCAUUUAAUCAAUCACACUACAAUAUACAAGAGUACAAAGAGGAAGCCCAGAAGCAAUUCGCAAACAGCGUAGGUGUGGAGAAGGUGAACAAAAUUAAGGGACUAAAAGCGACAUUAACUGGCUGAUGGGAAUAAAAUAAAAAUAUAAAUUAUUAGGUGUACAACUUUUCUUCCGCCG